AUGUCAACAGGUAUUGACGAGAACCCUGGCAAGGAAGCCAUGGCUGAGGCGUGGCUACUCAUUCCCUCAUUUGCGCCCCCACAUGGACAGAAAGAGAUUCACACCCCCAAAGAACUGAAGGAAACAGGUGCUUUGUAUUCUCUUGAAAUCCUGCAGAAUUUAUAUUUCUGCAGUUGGAUCACAGCUGUUUGGAAAAAUGAUAGCUUAAGCAGCACCUUGAGAAGCAGAGGUGAAAGACCACAUUCUCUUGAGUCAAAUGCAAUCAAUGAGAGUCUUUCCCUGAACAGACAGACACGCAGUGUGGAUGUCACCCUGAUGCCUAUUGAUUGUGAACUGUCCAGCUGGUCCUCCUGGACCACGUGUGAUCCCUGCCAGAAGAAAAGAUACAGACAUGUCUACUUGCUCCGGCCAUCUCAGUUCUAUGGGGAACCAUGCAGCUUCUCUGACAAGGAAACAGAAGAGUGUGCUACCAGCAGACCAUGCCGAAGUCAAGUGCGAUGUGAAGGUUUUGUGUGUGCACAGACAGGGAGGUGUAUAAAUCGCAGACUUCUCUGCAAUGGAGACAAUGACUGUGGAGACCAAUCAGAUGAAGCAAACUGUAGAAGAAUUUAUAAAAAGUGUCAACAUGAAAUGGAACGAUACUGGGCGAUUGACACCCUAGCCAGUGGGUUAAAUUUAUUUACAAACAGUCUGGAGGGCCCAGUUCUAGAUCACAGGUAUUAUGCUGGUGGAUGCUCCCCACACUACAUCCUCAACACAAGGUUUAGGAAGCCAUACAAUGUGGAAAGCUACACCCCGGAGACCCAAGGCAGAUAUGAAUUUGCACUGACAGAAUAUGAAUCGUAUGCAGAUUUUGAGCACAAUAUCACAGAGAAAACAACUGCCAUGUCUAGUUUCAGCUUUGGUUUUAAAAUACCUCUAUUAUUUGAACUGCGCUACGGCUUGACAAGUUCUAAUGGCAAACACUUUAUUAGCAGAAUCAAACAAUUCGCUCAUACUAAAAGCUCAUUUCUACAUGCACGCUCUGACCUUGAAGUCGCACAUUACAAGCUGAAGCCCAGAAGCCUCAUGCUCCACUAUGAAUUCCUUCAAAGAGUCAAGCAACUACCCCUGGAGUAUAGCUAUGGAGAGUACAGAGAUCUCUUCCGCGAUUACGGGACUCAUUACAUCACAGAGGCUGUGCUGGGGGGCACUUAUGAGUACACUCUCAUCUUCAACCAGGAGGCCAUGGAGAGAGCAGAUUUCUCUCUUGAUGAUGUCCGGGAUUGUGCCAAGCACGGUUUUAAAAUUCAUGUGUCCAUAAAAAAAGUGUCUAUUGGUGCGGGUGUUUCAGUGGGACUAUGCAACGCCAUUCUCAAAGAAAUAGAAGAUAGAAACAAGAGAAAGACCAUGGUGGAAGAUUUGGUGGUCCUUGUACGAGGAGGGGCAAGUGAGCACAUCACCACUCUGGCAUACAAGGAGUUGCCAACAGCAGAACUGAUGCAAGAAUGGGGAGAUGCAGUGCAGUACAACCCAAGUGCUGUCAAAGUUAAGGUGGAGCCUCUGUAUGAACUGGUGACAGCCACAGACUUUGCGUAUUCUAGCACAGUGAAGCAGAAUAUGAAGCAGGCCCUGGAAGAGUUCCAGAAAGAAGUCAGCUCCUGCCAGUGUGCUCCCUGCCAAGGGAAUGGGAUCCCUGUCCUGAAAGGAUCACGCUGUGACUGCAUCUGUCCCGUUGGGUUCCGAGGCCCAGCCUGUGAGGUCACCUCUCGAAAGAAUGUUGUCAUUGAUGGGAAGUGGAAUUGUUGGUCAGAAUGGUCUUCGUGCUCUGGGGGACAGAAAACAAGACAAAGGCAGUGCAACAAUCCACCUCCUCAAAAUGGAGGCAGCCUCUGCUUGGGCCCUGAUUCAGAAAGGCGUAACUGUUAG